GGGAUGAGUUAAUUUUGUAGAAUUGCACAAUGCAAGGAACAUGUCAUUCGAGAAACACACCUUGAGCAUUCCUCUUUACAAUAAAAAGGUCAGCACAUCAGGAGGGGAUCAGGUUGGUUAGAGGGUUGGCAGGGUAUUCAGGAAUAAAAAUUAAAGCUUUAAAAGGAUUAGUCUAAAUGUUCCAUGUCCACAAACCAAAGCGGUUCCUUUAAGCGGGGGUGGAGCUGCCACUUCCUGGAGCGGAAACAGUGGCCAGCCUCUAGCCUCUGAAGUGUACACCGCACAGUGACGCUAAACGUCUGGACGUUUUGGGGGUUGGGCUACGCCUGCGCUGCGUGGGAGCAUCCCAGGGUGCUGCGCGUGCUUACCGCCGGCCCCGCCUUCAGGAGUAAGACAUGGUGGUGUCGGAGCUGGCAGCCCGCCUCAAUUGCGCCGAGUACAAAAACUGGGUGAAAGCAGGACACUGCCUGCUGCUGCUGCGCAGCUGCCUGCAAGGUUUCAUAGACCGUGAAGUGCUCUCCUUUCACCGUGGACUGCUGGCUGCAGUCCCUGGCCUUGGACCCCAUGCUACCUGCCGCGGCGGUUCCCGGUGCAGCCCGCGCGCUCGCCAGUUUCAGCCUCAGUGUCAGGUAUGCGCAGAGUGGAAACACGAGAUCUUGAGGCAUCACAUCAACAGAAAUGGAGACGUGCACUGGGGAAAUUGCAAGCCAGGCCUCUGGCCCAAAGACCCUUGGGAGGUAGCCAAGGCCUUCAUGCCCCGAGGACUGGCAGACAAACGAGGACCUGAGGAAUGUGAUGCAGUUGCUCUUUUAAGUCUCAUCAACUCCUGUGAUCACUUUGUGGUUGACCGGAAGAAGGUCACAGAGGUGAUAAAGUGUCGAAAUGAGAUAAUGCACUCUUCAGAGAUGAAAGUUUCAUCUACCUGGCUUCGAGAUUUUCAGAUCAAGAUCCAAAAUUUUCUGAACGAAUUCAAGAAUAUCCCAGAGAUUGUAGCAGUAUAUUCCAGAAUAGAACAGCUGUUGACAUCUGACUGGGCUGUUCACAUUCCUGAGGAAGAUGAACGAGAUGGGUGUGAAUUUGAAAUAGGAAGUUACUUGAGUGUGAGCCAAAUCCACGAAAUUGAAAUAGAAUUGCUGAAGGAAAAACUGCAAGAAAUGUAUCUUCAAGCAGCAGAAGAAGAGAUGUUGCCAGAAGAGAUCUCAAAUCAACUGGAUGUGGUGAAAGGUUUUCUGGGAAGCAACACAGAUCUUAGAAACGGCCUUACAGAAGACUUGCAGAAGCUAGAGAGCCUCCAUCUACAGCAUCAAAAACAAACUUCAAAGGAUGCCGGUAGACAGACACCUGAAAGGAAGGCUUGAGGAAAGAGGAAAGUGGUCGUUUUCUACCAUUUCCUCUUGAGUGUGGAACUGUUACUGUGGGCUCGAAGCCAGAGACAGAAGUGAAGCAAGAAGGUUUAUGCCUGUGACCUCAACUACUCCAAAAGCUGGGCUAGGAGGAUCCCAAGUUCUAGGCCAGCCAGGGCAACUUCGGGAGCCCCUAUUUCAAAAUGAAAACAAAUCGUAAGGAGGUGGAUGUGAGGCAGUUAUACAACAUUUUCUUCCUCUGCCCGACCCUGGUGUCAGUUCUCAGCUCGCUGUCCCCAAAGACGGAGCAAAGCACGCACACUUGCAGCAUCUCCUGAGUACUGCAGCUCAGGCUCUGGGACUGUGUGGUUCUGGAAAUGCUAGGAAAGUGCUUGGAAACUUCAUUCUUAGCAGUAGUCAAACAAAACUUUCUCUUUCACCGUGCUCAUAAAUUCAUUCCCAGCUCUGCUCUUCUUGAACUGUGUGGAAGCCUUGUACUAUUGUGUGCAGUGUUCUGUGGGAGUCAGACUCACUUCCAUUUCUUCCUCGGUCUGCUCAUUCCCAGGGUCUUUGCCAUUAGACUGCUUCAUGUCACCUCUGGACGUUACUAUGUUCCCCGAACUACCUAGAAGAAACGCUCCAUGCCAAGGCUCGGCAAAGAUGAAGUCACUCCCUCACCUGGCCAGCUGCCUGCCCAACAGGGAUCCUCCAGAGAGGGGGUAGCAAUAGAAACUGGAUUUGGCAUGUAUUUCAACUUUAUAACCCAAAUGAAUACAAAUGUGCUUUCAGCUUGCUUAUUUAAUCUUCCAGGUUGCUGUUUAGUUUUCAGUGUUAUGGUUUCUUUCUCCCUUCAUUUGUGAAAGUCCUUGAGAAGACUUCAAGCAAAGCAAGAUUUUGCAUUUAUUUUGCCACUUUGCCAUAGGAAAAAAAAUCAAUUCCCUUCUAGAUCUGAAGUACAAAACAUAGAAUGUUGAUGCACUAACCCACAAAGACCUGGUUUCUAACUGUAGGAAGUUUGAGAUCCUAACCUUUCAUUUUAUUCUUGUCUAGUUAUUUUGUCCUUAUCAAUUCAACACACACCAAGUGUCAAACCUGUGCCAGACAUUGAAACGAGUGGUGAAAUCCAGUCUUACUACCUUCAUCUGCCACUCGGACAGUUCAGAGGUUCUGUUCAGAGAACUAUACCAGUAACAUUACAGUGAAUUGAAACAGAAAAGGCAAGACCCUUGUAUAAAGGGCUCGAAGACAGAUGUGCUGAAUACAGAGGUAGCGGCCUGUCCCACGUCUCUUCCACAGAACUGUGCCUGGGUAUGUCCGAAUGGAUGUUCACAAGUUGAGGACCUACUAAAUAAGUUGUAGAACAUCUGUACUAUGCCACCUGUCUUAGUAAGGGUUCUAUUCCUGCACAAACAUCGUGACCAAGAAGCAAGUUGGGGAGGAAAGGGUUUAUUCAGCUUACACUUCCAUACUGCUGUUCAUCACCAAAGGAAGUCAGGACUGAACUCACACAGGUCAGGAAGCAGGAGCUGAUGCAGAGGCCAUUGAGAGAUCUUCCUUACUGGCUUGCUUUCCACUGGCUUGCUCAGCCUGCUCUCUUAUAGAACCCAAGACUACCAGCCCAGAGAUGGCACCACCCACAAUGGACCCUCCACCCUUGACCACUAAUUGAGAAAAUGCCUUACAGCUGGAUCUCGUGGAGGCAUUUCCCCAACUGAAGCUCCCUUCUCAGUGAUAACUGCAGCUGUGUCAACUGACACACAAAUCCAGCCAGUCCACCACAUAACUAUUCUAAAGAAUGACCCCAUAAUGAAGUGCAGUCAUGGGAAUUACCUGUAAGGCAUCUAAAGGAAAGAAACGGUUUGAAGGGUGGACUGGAGCUCCGUGGUGGGGCGCUUGCCUACCCAGCAUGUGUAAUACCUUGACUAGAUGGCUGUUCCACUGCCAAAAGCAAAUCAAUAGAAAAACAAAGUAUUGAAUAAUGAUGAGCAUGCUAUAGUGCUGUUUGUGUGCUAUAGUAACUGAGCUCUGGAAAGGGAUGGUCUGCUUUCUAAGCCUUUCUUCUAUAUUAUGUCUCUAAGAGGAAUUGGGGCUGUGGGAGCAGUCAGAGGAAUUUAGCUUUUCUGCUUUGUAUAUUCUUUUUUAUAAUAAACAUGCAUCUGUGUAUUUUGAAAAA